AUGAACUCCCAGCGAGGCAGUUGCGCCCUACGCGGGUGCUCAAACGCAGCGGCGGCGACAGACUUUCCGUGCAGAAGCAAAGGAUCGCCGCGUUCUUCUCUUUGGGUUUACUUCUUCCUCGUCGGCGUCGCGGUGUCGUUUGCAGCCGUGUUGGUACCGGAAAAGUGCGCUGCGAGUAUGGCCAUGUCGAGGCUGCCGUCGCAGGGGCUGGAGGGUACAGGACUGCCGAGUUCUAUGGAGACGUUGCUUGACGAGGAGGAGAUGAUGAGCACCGAAGAGGAGCUCAAAUCCGAACUGCGACGCAUAAAACAGUAUCGAGAUAUGAACACAACGACGACGACGAAACCGCCACCAAAGAACAUCGUCGUAGACGCAGGCAAAGAAGCAGGUAUGGGCUUCUGGAACGGGCUGCUCGCCCCGUUCCGUCUGGCCAGGGAUCUCGUGACGAAACCCAGGGAAACGGUGAACUUCGCAAACGCGUCGACUGCACUGACAAUGUCGAAACUAAGAGACGCGGCCGUUGCCACAGUAAAGUGGGAAAACGUCGGUCGUCAUUGGCGUGAGUUCUUCCGCGAUCUCGUUCGGGCAGCCACGAUGCACCCCGGCAGGCAGAGAGAACUGGAGCGCGUGGCGCGCCUGGAGAAAGCAAACAUACCAAAGGAAGUCCUCUACGCGUCAGAAAGCGCCAGGGAGGAAGCAGAAAGACGUAUCCAGCUUGCUCUCCGCUCCAACGAGAGCAAACGGGAGGAAGAACUCCGGGAGAUUCAAAAGCAGAAGGAAAGAUAUGAGAAGUACAAGAAAAUGAAGGAGCAGGAGAGUGCCAAUGCCGCGAAGACUUCUGUUACCGAGUCACGUGGACAAGGCAGUGAAGCAUCUGGAACAAAAGAGCAAACAUCUAACGUAGGCGGUGGUGGUAGACACAACGGAGGACAGGAGAGACAGUAG